AUGGACAUUGCCCAGCACGUUACAGAGCUCAUCUAUUCUCACACGUUGCGCUCCCACAUUCUCAAGGUAAAGCUGUCUAUGCUGUAAAACUCAGCUGAUCUGUAAGUAACAAGGGGUCAAAUAGAGGGGAAUGCAAUGGAAUUACACCAGCUGGUUGAAUUCUACCAACUUGGUUUGGAAGACAUUAAACAGUGGAAAUUAAAUAUAUUUAUAAGUUCAACAGCUUUUGGUGACAGUUCCACACUGUUAAUAACAAUGUGUGACUUCACAUGUAAAGAGAUGAUGACAAAAGAGACAUCUGGUUUGAUUAUGAAGAUAAUUAAUUUCAUUGAUUCAUUACAUAGCCUGAAGCAUUCAAAUGUCUAACAAAGUAAAAUGGGUAAUGUGUAAUAUUUCAAGCAUAGUGCAUUAAUAAUGACCAUCAUUUGUACGUGAUAUACUGUAGUGUCAGCUCCAUUCUUCUACUUACUCCCUCAGAUGCCCCUGCUGAACACCCAAUCCCUGGAGAGCCACAGAGAGCUGCGUCUGGCCCACUUGGCCCUGAGUGUGAUGACCAUGGGCUACGUGUGGCAGGAGGGGGAGCAUGACACAGUCAAGGUUUCACACCAACCCUUCUUAUUAUGAAUGUUCUGGACCUGGAGUGUGAAGAGAGACACAUGUAACCUUUAGAUUGUUUUGGAAAAAGGUUUCCUUCCAUAAUCACAGCAGGUGAAAAAAUUGCUGAAAAUAUUUUCUGACUAUAAAUCAAAGGUCAAAAUAUCCAGCCACUUUUGCACCUUCAGGUUUGAGAUCAAAUCAUCAAAUCAAAUGUUAUAGGUCACAUGCUAUGGUAGAGUGGCCAGACGGAAGCCACUCCUCAGGAAAAGGCACAUGACAGCCUGCUUGGAGUUUGCCAAAAGGCACCUAAAGGACUCUCAAACCAUGAGAAACAAGAUUCUCUGGUCUGAUGAAACAAAGAUUGAACUCUUUGGCCUGAAUGCCAAGCAUCACAUCUAGAAGAAACCGGGCACCAUCCCUACGGUGAAGCAUGGUGGUGGUAGCAUCAUGCUGUGGGGAUGUUUUUCAGCGGCAGGGACUUGGAGACUAGACAGGAUCGAGUGAAAGAUUAACUGAACCUGCUCCAGAGCGCUCAGGACCUCAGACUGGUGCGAAGGUUCACAUUCCAACAGGACAACGACACUAAGCACAAAGCCAAGACAACACAGGAGUGGCUUCGGGACAAAUCUCUGAAUGUCCUUGAGUGGCCCAGCCAGAGCCCGGACUUGAAUCCGAUCGAACAUCUCUGGAGAGACCUGAAAAUAGCUGUGCAGCGACGCUCCCCAUCCAACCUGAUAGAGCUUGAGAGGAUCUGCAGAGAAGAAUGGGAGAAACUCCCCAAAUACAGGUGUGACAAGCUUGUAGUGUCAUACCCAAGAAGACUUGAGGCUGUAAUCGUUGCCAAAGGUGCUUCAGCAAAGUAUUGAGUCAAGAGGUCUGAAUACUGAUGUAAAUGUGAAUUUGCAAAAAUUUCUAAAAACCUGUUUUUGCUUUGUCAUUAUGGGGUAUUGUGUGUAGAUUGAUUUUAGGGUAAGGCUGUAACGUAACAAAAUGUGGAAAAAGUCAAGGGGUAUGAAUACUUUCCGAAUGCACUGUAUAAUAAACAGUAACAGCAGCAUAUGUGAAAGUGUGUCUAUGUGUGGGUGUGUGUGUGGCGUCAAAAUGCAUGUGUGUGUGUGUGUGUGUUGGAGUGUCAGUGUAGUCUCUGUGAGUGUGUGGGUAGAGUCUAGUGAGUGUGCAUACAGCAUGUGCAAGGGAGGCAGUGCAAAACAAUUACAAUAAAGGAAUAAAUAAUAAAGGGGGUCAAUGUAAAUAGUCCGGGUAGCCAUUUGAUUAACUGUUCAGCAGCCUUAUGGCUUCGGGGUAGAAGCUGUUCAGGUGCCUUUUGGUCACAGACUUGGCGCGCCGGUACCGCUUGCUGUGCGGUUGUAGUGAGAACAGUCUAUGACUUGGGUGACUGGAGUCUUUGACAAUUUUUAGGGCCUUCCUCUGACACCGCCUGGUACAGGGGUCCUACAUGGCAGGGAGUUCGGCCCCAUGAUGUACUGGGCCAUACGCACUACCUUUUGUAGCGCCUUGCGGUCGGAUGCCAAGCAGUUGCCAUGUCAAGCGGUGAUGCAGCCAGUCAAGAUGCUCUCAAUGGUGCAACUGUAGAACAUUUUGAGGAUCUGAGGGCCAAUGCCAAAUCUUUUCAGCCUUUUGAAGUGGAAGAGGCAUUGUCGUGCCCUCUUCACAACUGUGUUGGUGUGUGUGGACCACGAUAGAUCCUUAGUGAUGUGGACACCAAGGAACUUGAAGCUCUCGACCCGCUCUGCUACAGCCCGUCGAUGUGAAUGGGGCCGUGUUAAGCUCUCUGUUUCCUAUAGUCCACGAUAAGCUCCUUUGUCUUGCUGACGUUGAGGGAGAGCUUGUUGUCCUGGCACCAUACUGCCAGGUCUCUGACCUCCUCCCUAUAGGCUGUCUCUUCGUCAUCAGUGAUUAGGCCUACCACCGUCGUUGGACAAGUUAAUGAUGGUGUUGGAGUCGUGCGUGGCCACGCAGUCGUGGGUGAACAGGGAGAACAGGAAGGGACUGAGCAUGCCCCCUGAGGGGCCCCCGUGUUGUGGGUCAGCGUGACGGAUUUGUUGUUGUCUACCCUCUCCACCUGGGGGCGGCCCGUCAGGAAGUUCAGGAUCCAGUUGCAGAGGGAGGUGUUCAGUCUCAGGGUCCUUAGCUUAGUGAUGAGCUUGGAGGGCAAUAUGUAGUUGAAUGCUGAGCUGUAGUCAAUUAACAGCAUUCUCACAUAGGUGUUCCUUUGGUACUGGUGGGAAAGGGCAGUGUGGAGUGCAAUAGAGAUUGUGUCAUCUGUGCGAAUUGGAGAUGGGUCCAGGGAUACGAAGAGCAACAAAUCAUUACUGGAUCCAUACACAUUAAGGACUUACUGUAUGCACAUUGGCUAUCUGUAAACAAAACCCCAGUCAUCAUGCAAUGCACUGCGAGUAUCAUCUGGUAUAUAACAGGAAGUCCCUCUGAUAUGAACUCUUAUCUCUCAUAAGAUGCUGCCCCGCAACCUGGCCAUUCCAUACUGUGAGGUGUCUCAGCGCCUAGGACUUCCUCCCAUCCUUACCCAUGCAGACGCAGUACUGGCUAACUGGAAGAAGAGGGAUCCACAG